AGGUGUCUUGCAUUGAGGAUCCUUAGUUGCUGAGCAGUUCAGAAAUACCACUCUGGAAUUCAGUGCAGACUGGCCCAGUGAGGGAGAAGCUCACUCACUGGUUGAUGUGUCAGUCUCACUGAAGGUGACUGUAAGGGAAAGCAGGUGGAAGUUUGCCAUGCAGGAGGACCUUUCUAUUUACAUUGACCUAAUUACAAAAUUGAGGCCUUAGGGAAGAAAUGCUGUAAACUCCCAGCCCUGGCACACCUGCACUUGACUGCCUUGGAAAGCUCUCCCUGUCUUGUGCUCCUAGAAGAGGUGGCUUAUACCUGGUAGUACAGGCUGGGCUGGAGGUCAGAGCGAUCUCUAUCUGUUGCCAGUUUGAUGGAGUUCAGUGUGGUGGUGGCCCAGCAGGCCCUCUGCAUAACACCAAAAGCAAGAGAAAAGGGGUGGUCUGGGGAGGAAGAGGGGGCCUUUCUUACACGUGUUUCCUUGAGAGCCUUAUUGCUGAGGCAGGAGGGAUAGGGCUGUCAGCAUGUCAGGCUUGCUCUGAAUUUCAUUCAUCUGUCUUCCCUGGGUGAAUGCAGGAGUCAGCUGUGCAGGGAUGAGCUGCUUGGCAGUGUUGAGGAUUAAAAUCUUUGCUUGCAUAUGACAGGAAGGUAAGCAGUAGCUCAUAUAGGUAUAGCAUUAUCCUUUAAGGUGGCUUCAGUUGUUUCAGACUUGGUGCUGGUGAAGAGUGGUGUGACAAGAACCCUGAGGCUGCUUUCGCUCAUGAUCCACGUGAACUGUGGCAAUCCUCCUUGCUCCUCCCAUCGCAUCCUGCAACACCACAUACCGCUAAGAGAUCUGAAAAGGGACACCCAGCUGCUGGCACGGAGCUGAAUUCCUGAGUCUGCAACACAGCACACAGCGCGGUUUGAUGGAGAGGAGAUAAAUACUACACACGGCUGGAGUGUCUGCCUGGGAUGCUAUGGCUGUUCCUUUGUUCCAGUCGAUGCUGUGGGCUGCUGCAGUAUUACUUUAACACAUCACCAAAAUGAGUGAAAAGGAAGACCAAGGAGAUCCAGCAGAUAUGGGUGAUUUAACAGAAAGUGCAGAAUAUGAGGAUGAUUUUGAAAAAGACCUCGAAUGGCUAAUUAAUGAAGAAGAAAAAGAAAACCUUGGUGAAGGAGAGAAUCCUGAAAAAGAUGAAGAGGGUAUCAAAGCACAGAUUUUUAAAGUUGCGGACAACUUUGAGGAAGACCAUGAGGAAAUGGAAGAAAAUCCAGAUCAGCUUUCAGAAGCAGAUAGAGAUGUGAAAGUGAGACCCACCAAUGAAGAAAGUUUGGAAUCCAGGUCUGAUAUUAAACAGGGGGACCAUGUAUCUGAUACUGACAGUGAAAGCUCUAUCCAGGAAUCCAAGCUGGAAAACCAGCAGGAACUGGAUGAGGAGGAAGAUGAAGAAAUAAAGCGUUACAUCUUGGAAAAGAUUGAAGAAGCCAACAAACUGCUGGAGAAUCAGGCUCCUGUGGAUCAAAACAGAGAACGGAAAUUAAAAUUUAAGGAUAAAUUGGUGGAUCUUGAAGUUCCUCCUCUAGAAGAUGCUGAAAUUUGUAAAACUGACCUUGCAAGAGGAGACGAUGUUUCAAACAGGCUAUCUCAGUUGCAUAUUUCUAAUGAAAUGGGGCAGGAAAGCACAUCACUUCUGCCACGUGCUGGCAAGGAUGAGGAAAACAAGGAUGGUAAAAUCCUAGUGGAAAAAGAUGGGAAGUUUGAACUCUUAAGUUUACGUGAUAUUGAAAGCCAGGGCUUUUUGCCCCCGAUAAGUGUUUCUUUUACUGAUAUUGAAACUCAACAGAUGUCUGCAAAAUCUUCACACUACGGUGCUUUUGGCACUGUCUCUCGAAUGAAGGAGGUACCUCCAGUAAGACCAGGAGCACGUUCUUUUUCUCCUGGUGGAGAAGAGCAUGUGUAUUUCCCUAAGCCUCCGUCUAACCCAAAGCGUCGUCCGAAUUCUGCUGUCAAUACUGCAAGAGCUCUGGGGAAACGGAAGGUUCCGCAGAGGGCACAGUCUGCAAACGUGCCUGUGAGAAGCUCUACUUACUGUCUUUCUCCCAGACAAAAAGAAUUGCGGAAGCAGUUAGAACAAAGGAAGGAAAAACUGAGGAAAGAGGAAGAAGAAAGGAAAAGGGAACAGGAAGAACAGAAGAGAAGAGAGAACGAGAUGGUUUUUAAAGCUUGGUUACAGAAGAAGAAAGAACAAGUGCAAGAAGAAAAGCGAAUUCGUCGUGCAAAGGAGCUGGAAGACUUAAACAGCAAAGAGAGGAACAGGAAUCCAGAAGAAGCCUUCAAGUUAUGGCUUAAAAAAAAGCACCAAGAACACAUGAAAGAAAAACAGAUAGAAAUUUUGAGACGCCAAGCUGAAGGAAUUGCCUUUUUUCCAAGAACAGAGGAAUGCAACAGAGCCUUUAAAGAAUGGCUAAAAAGAAAGAGAGAAGAAAAGCGAGCAGAAGAACUAGCUGCUAAAGAGAGAGCAAGGCAGUUUAGAUUAGAAGCCAGAAGAGCAAAACAGAUGCAGAACAUCCACUGCAUUAGUUCGGAGACAAAAUCCUUUCGCUUCACAGACCAUUAUAGCUGAAAGUUUGAUGUAACCACAGAGUUCUUGGUGGCAACUCUCUUUAAUUUUUAUGGCUUGAGCUGUUGCUCUUUACAGCCACAGACUUUUCGUGGUGUUUUUUAAAGCUUUCAAGCAAGUUUAACAAUUACCUGAUUGUGAUUUUAAUAUUUAUUUGUAAUUUUGUUGAAAAGCCUGCUUUUAUGUCUAACUCAGGGAUCUUUUUGGUUCGACCAAAUCUAAACGAGCGUGAGAUCUGUAUGAGUGUGGCAAAUACACAUUCCUGUCUUUAAAGGGCACUUUAUACUCAGCUCCACCCUGAAUUCCUGGAUGCAGGCUAUUAUGAAAAGUGUUGAAUUUUUGAUGGAUUAAUAUUGCUGUUUGCUGCUGCUUGUGAUGAAGACUGUACAGCGUGUUAUGUUGUUGGAAAAUCCUAUUUCUUUUACCACUUCCUAGUGAUCUGUUGACCAGCUGUUAGUUCUGGCUAGGCUGGAGGACUAAUUUUAAUCACUGAAGGUUAACAUGUGUGUGAAUGUGCAAGGUUUUGAAACUUACUUCUGCGAGUCAUAGUCAGUAGUCUUCUAUUCCAUGAAAUUAAAAGAUGGUGUGAAUUAUAACCUUUACUAGUAUUGAGGAAGCUGGAUUCCUCGUAUACAUGUCUGUGUUUGCUAAAUUAAUGAUAAUAAACUACAUCAUCCUACCCAGCUAGAUUGGGAACUCUUGUCAGAGAACAUGCUGAGGUCACUUAUGAAAUCAUGAAGUGGAAGAUGAGGAACAUUCUGUCCAGCUGUGUGUCCACCAGAUUCCACGAUCUGCCAUUGUUCUUACAUUUUUCCCCAGUGAAAAGGUUUUCUGGAAGUACUGUAACAGACAGAGCAUAGCAGAUGCAAAGCAAAUGUGCCAUUAGUAUUUCUCCCCCUUUUGGAUAGUUACAGGCAUAUUCAGAGAAACUGGGGUUUGACCAGAGGUUGCCACAUUGCAGCUUUUGUCACCAUAGAUAAAGGUUGUGGAAGUGAAAUGAAAAUUUCACAUGUUAAUGAGAAACACAAGCAAAAGGUGCCUUCCUACUUCCUCUACCCUCCCCUGGACACCAAGAAAUGUUUCUUGUGUCUAGUGAGGAAGUGCAGGGGGAGAGUUUGCAAAGGUCCACGCU